GUAAAAUACAAAGAAGACUACGAGAAGAAUAAAGGGAAAGCAGACUACAACGUACUUCCUGCGUCAGAGAACCCACUGCUCAGGCAGCUGAAGGCAGCAGGAAAUGUCCUUAGUGAUAAACUAUACAAGGAAAACUAUGAAAAGACAAAGGCCAAGAGCAUAAAUUACUGUGAGACCCCCAAGUUUCAGCUUGAUACAAUACUGCACAACUUCAGUAGUGAUACUAAAUACAAAGAUUCCUACCUAAAGAAUAUUUUGGGACACUACGUAGGCAGCUUUGAGGAUCCAUAUCACACACAUUGUAUGAAAGUGACAGCUCAAAAUAGUGACAAAAACUACAGAGCAGAGUAUGAAGAGGACAGAGGCAAAGGCUUCUUCCCCCAGACCAUUACCCAGGAGUAUGAAGCAAUCAAGAAACUGGACCAGUGUAAAGAUCACACCUACAAAGUUCACCCAGAUAAGACCAAGUUCACUCAAGUUACGGACUCACCUGUUCUCUUGCAAGCUCAGGUCAAUUCCAAACAGCUGAGUGACCUAAAUUACAAAGCCAAACACGAAAGUGAAAAAUUCAAGUGUCAUUUACCUCCGGAUGCUCCUGCCUUUAUCCAACACAGAGUCAAUGCUUAUAACCUGAGUGACAAUGUCUACAAGCAAGACUGGGAGAAGAGCAAAGCUAAGAAGUUUGACAUCAAGGUGGAUGCCAUUCCCCUGCUGGCAGCCAAAGCCAACAGCAAGAAUGCCAGCGAUGUGAUGUACAAGAAGGACUAUGAGAAGAGCAAAGGCAAGAUGAUUGGUGCCCUCAGUAUCAAUGAUGACCCCAAGAUGCUGCACUCCCUGAAGACAGCCAAAAACCAGAGUGAUAGACUAUACAGGGAAAAUUAUGAGAAGACAAAGGCCAAGAGUAUGAAUUAUUGUGAGACCCCUAAGUAUCAACUUGACACCCUUCUGAAGAACUUCAGUGAGGCUAAAUACAAGGAUUCAUACGUAAAGAAUAUUUUGGGUCACUAUGUUGGCAGCUUUGAGGACCCAUACCAUACACACUGUAUGAAAGUCUCAGCUCAAAACAGUGAUAAGAGUUACAAAGCAGAGUAUGAAGAAGAUAAAGGGCGAUGCUAUUUCCCUCAGACAAUAACUCAAGAAUAUGAAGCUAUCAAGAAGUUGGACCAGUGUAAAGACCAUACCUACAAAGUGCACCCUGAUAAGACCAAAUUCACAGCUGUCACUGACACUCCUGUGCUGUUGCAAGCCCAGCUCAACACCAAACAGCUCAGUGAUCUGAAUUACAAGGCAAAGCAUGAAGGUGAGAAAUUCAAGUGCAACGUGCCAGCUGAUGCACCAGAGUUCAUCCAGCACAGAGUCAAUGCUUAUAACCUGAGCGACAAUGUCUACAAGCAAGACUGGGAGAAGAGCAAAGCUAAGAAGUUUGACAUCAAGGUGGAUGCCAUUCCCCUGCUGGCAGCCAAAGCCAACAGCAAGAAUGCCAGCGAUGUGAUGUACAAGAAGGACUAUGAGAAGAGCAAAGGCAAGAUGAUUGGUGCCCUCAGUAUCAAUGAUGACCCCAAGAUGCUGCACUCCCUGAAGACAGCCAAAAACCAGAGUGACCGUGAAUACCGCAAAGACUAUGAGAAGUCAAAAACAAUCUACACCGCCCCUCUUGAUAUGCUCCAAGUCACCCAAGCUAAGAAAUCUCAGGAGAUUGCCAGCGAUGUAGACUAUAAACACGUCUUGCACAACUACAGCUACCCACCCGACAGCAUCAACCUGGACCUCGCCAAGAAGGCUUAUGCAUUGCAGAGUGAUGUGGAGUACAAAGCUGACUACAACAGCUGGAUGAAGGGCUGUGGCUGGGUGCCCUUUGGGUCCUUGGAGAUGGAAAAGGCAAAGCGAGCCUCAGACAUUCUUAAUGAGAAAAAAUACCGCCAACAUCCAGAUACACUCAAGUUUACCUCAAUUGAAGAUGCUCCCAUUACAGUGCAGUCAAAAAUUAACCAGGCCCAGAGGAGUGAUAUCGCUUACAAAGCCAAAGGGGAGGAAAUCCUGCAUAAGUACAACCUGCCAGCAGACCUGCCGCAGUUCAUCCAGGCUAAAGUGAAUGCCUACAAUAUCAGUGAGAAUAUGUACAAAGCCGACUUGAAAGACUUAAGCAAGAAAGGAUAUGACCUGAGAAUUGAUGCAAUUCCCAUCAAAGCUGCCAAAGCUGCCCGGCAGGCAGCGAGCGAUAUUCAUUACAAAAAAGAUUAUGAAAAAGCUAAAGGGAAAAUGGUUGGGUUCCAAAGUCUCCAAGAUGAUCCUAAACUGGUUCACUACAUGAACGUGGCCAAGAUACAGUCAGACCGGGAGUAUAAAAAAGACUAUGAAAAGACAAAGACCAAGUACAACACCCCUCACGAUAUGUUCGAUGUUGUGGCGGCUAAGAAGGCACAGGAUGUGAUCAGCAAUACCAACUACAAGCACUCUCUCCACCACUACACUUACCUGCCAGAUGCCAUGGACCUGGAGCUGUCCAAGAACAUGAUGCACAUACAGAGUGAUAAUGCCUACAAGGAAGACUAUAACACCUGGAUGAAGGGCAUUGGCUGGAUACCAAUUGGCAGUCUUGACCAAGAAAAAGUUAAAAAGGCAGGUGAUGCCCUGAGUGAAAAGAAAUACAGGCAACAUCCAGACACGCUCAAGUUCACCAGCAUUGUGGACUCCCCAGUGAUGGUGCAAGCAAAACAGAACACACAGCAAGUCAGUGAUAUCUUAUACAAAGCUAAAGGAGAAGACGUAAAGCAUAAAUACACAUUGAAUCCUGAUCUCCCACAGUUUCUCCAGGCCAAGUGCAAUGCUUACAACAUAAGUGAUGUCUGUUACAAACGGGACUGGCAUGACUUAAUAGCCAAAGGCAACAAUGUCCUGGCUGAUGCAAUUCCUAUCACAGCGGCCAAGUCAUCAAGAAACAUCGCCAGUGAUUAUAAAUACAAGGAAGCUUAUGAGAAGUCAAAGGGGAAGCAUGUUGGUUUCAGAAGCCUCCAGGAUGACCCCAAGUUGGUCCAUUAUAUGAAUGUGGCAAAGUUGCAGUCAGACAGGGAAUACAAGAAAAACUAUGAGAACACCAAAACCAGUUACCAUACCCCUGGGGAUAUGGUUAGCAUUACUGCUGCAAAGAUGGCCCAGGAUGUGGCCACUAAUGUCAACUACAAACAACCAUUACAUCACUACACAUACCUGCCUGAUGCCUUGAGUCUGGAGCACACCAGGAAUGCUAAUCAAAUUCAGAGUGAUAAUGUGUACAAAGAUGAGUAUAACAGCUUCUUCAAGGGCAUUGGGUGGAUUCCCAUCGGCUCCCUGGAGGUGGAGAAGGCCAAGAAGGCAGGCGAUGCACUAAAUGAGAGGAAGUACCGACAACACCCGGACACCAUCAAGUUCACAAGUGUGCCUGACUCCAUGGGGAUGGUUUUGGCUCAGCAGAACACAAAGCAGCUAAGUGAUUUGAACUACAAGGUAGAAGGUGAGAAACUGAAGCAUAAGUACACAAUGGACCCUGAAUUGCCUCAGUUCAUCCAAGCCAAGGUUAACGCCAUCAAUAUGAGCGAUGCUCAUUACAAAGCAGACUGGAAGAAAACCCUUGCCAAGGGUUAUGACUUGAGACCAGAUGCCAUUCCCAUUGUUGCCGCCAAAAGUUCAAGGAACAUUGCUAGUGAUUUCAAGUACAAGGAGGCCUAUGAGAAAGCCAGAGGCAAACAAAUUGGCUUUCUCAGUCUUCAGGAUGACCCUAAACUGGUUCACUACAUGAAUGUGGCCAAAAUACAAUCAGAUCGUGAGUAUAAGAAGGGAUAUGAGGCCAGCAAGACUCGGUACCACACACCUCUGGAUAUGUUCAGUGUGACCGCUGCAAAGAAGUCUCAGGAAGUUGCAACCAACACCAACUACAGACAGCCCUACCACAACUACACCCUCCUGCCUGAUGCCUUGAACGUGGAACACUCCAGGAAUGCCAUGCAAAUUCAGAGUGAUAAUCUGUACAAAUCUGACUUCACCAACUGGAUGAAAGGUAUCGGCUGGGUCCCCAUAGACUCCUUGGAGGUGGAGAAGGCAAAGAAAGCUGGAGAGAUUCUGAGUGAGAGGAAGUAUCGCCAGCACCCUGAGAAGCUGAAGUUCACAUACUCCAUGGAUACCAUGGAGCAGGCACUUAACAAAAGCAACAAGCUGACUAUGGAUAAGAGGCUGUACACAGAAAAGUGGAACAAAGACAAGACCACCAUCCACGUCAUGCCUGAUACUCCAGACAUCUUGCUCUCCAGAGUAAACCAGAUCACCAUGAGUGAUAAACUAUACAAAGCAGGCUGGGAAGAAGAGAAGAAGAAAGGCUAUGACCUGAAGCCUGAUGCCAUCUCAAUACAGGCUGCAAAGGCCUCCAGAGACAUUGCCAGUGAUUACAAGUACAAGCAAGCCUACGAACAAGCCAAAGGGAAGCACAUUGGCUUCCGCAGCCUGGAAGACGACCCCAAGUUGGUGCACUUCAUGCAGGUGGCCAAGAUGCAAUCAGACCGGGAAUACAAGAAGGGCUAUGAGAAAUCCAAGACAUCCUUCCAUACCCCAGUGGACAUGUUCAGUGUGGUGGCAGCCAAGAAGUCUCAGGAAGUGGCCACCAAUGCCAACUACAGGAACAUAAUCCACACCUACAACAUGCUUCCUGAUGCCAUGAGCUUUGAGUUGGCCAAGAACAUGAUGCAGAUUCAAAGUGAUAAUCAGUACAAGGCGGACUAUGCUGACUUCAUGAAGGGCAUUGGAUGGCUCCCCCUGGGCUCCCUGGAAGCUGAGAAAAACAAGAAAGCCAUGGAGAUUAUUAGUGAAAAGAAGUACCGGCAACACCCAGACACUUUGAAGUACUCCACAUUGAUGGACUCAAUGAACAUGGUUUUGGCUCAGAAUAAUGCAAAAAUUAUGAAUGAACAUCUGUAUAAGCAAGCCUGGGAAGCUGACAAGACCAAAGUCCACAUUAUGCCUGAUAUCCCUGAGAUUGUUCUGGCAAAAGCAAAUGCAAUUAACAUGAGUGAUAAACUCUACAAACUGUCUCUGGAAGAGUCUAAAAAGAAAGGCUAUGACCUCAGAACGGAUGCAAUUCCUAUCCAAGCUGCCAAAGCAUCGAGGGAUAUUGCAAGUGAUUAUAAAUACAAACACAAUUAUGAAAAGGAAAAGGGGAAAAUGGUUGGUUUUCGAAGUCUGGAGGAUGAUCCCAAAUUAGUCCAUUCCAUGCAAGUGGCUAAGAUGCAGUCUGACCGAGAGUACAAGAAGAACUAUGAGAAGACGAAGACCAGCUACCACACUCCUGCUGACAUGCUGAGCGUCACAGCUGCCAAGGACGCCCAAGCUAACAUCACCAACACUAACUAUAAGCGCCUCAUUCACAAGUACAUCCUUCUCCCAGAUGCGAUGAACAUCGAGCUGACCAGGAAUAUGAAUCACAUCCAGAGUGACAAUCAAUAUAAGCAAGACUACAAUGAGUGGUACAAAGGGCUUGGCUGGAGCCCAGCUGGUUCCCUAGAGGUGGAGAAGGCCAAGAAAGCAACUGAGUAUGCCAGUGACCAGAAGUACCGCCAGCAUCCUAGCAGCUUCCAGUUCAAAAAGCUGACUGACUCCAUGGACAUGGUGCUGGCGAAGCAGAAUGCUCACACCAUGAAUAAGAAAUUCUAUAGACUUGGUUGGGAAGAGGCUCUGAAGAAAGGCUAUGAUCUCCCUGUUGAUGCGAUUUCUGUACAGCUGGCCAAGACGUCAAGGGACAUCGCUAGUGACUUUAAAUAUAAACAAGGCUACCGGAAACAACUGGGACACCAUAUUGGAUUCCUGAGUGUGCAAGAUGACCCAAAGCUUGUGCUGUCUAUGAAUGUGGCCAAGAUGCAGAGUGAAAGAGAAUACAAGAAAGACUUUGAGAAGUGGAAAACCAAAUACACCAGCCCUGUGGACAUGCUGGGUGUGGUGCUGGCCAAGAAGUGCCAAGCCUUGGUCAGUGAUGUGGACUACAGGAACUACCUACACCAGUGGACAUGCCUGCCUGACCAGAAUGAUGUCAUCCAAGCUAAAAAAGUCUAUGAGCUACAAAGUGAGAACAUGUAUAAGUCUGACCUUGAGUGGCUGAGAGGCAUAGGAUGGAGUCCCCUGGGUUCUUUGGAAGCAGAAAAGAACAAGCGGGCUUCAGAAAUCAUCAGUGAGAAGAAAUACCGACAACCUCCAGACAGAAAUAAGUUCACCAGCAUCCCUGACGCCAUGGACAUAGUUCUGGCAAAAACAAAUGCCAAAAACAGGAGUGAUAAAAUCUACAGAAUGGGUUAUGAGGAACUGAAGAAAAAGGGUUAUGACCUUCCUGUCGAUGCCAUUCCAAUCAAAGCAGCAAAAGCAUCCCGGGAAAUUGCCAGUGAAUACAAAUACAAAGAAGGCUUCCGAAAGCAACUUGGCCACCACAUUGGGGCUCGGAAUAUCAAGGAUGACCCCAAGAUGAUGUGGUCCAUGCACGUGGCCAAGAUCCAGAGUGACAGGGAGUACAAGAAGGACUUUGAGAAGUGGAAGACCAAAUACAGCAGCCCAGUGGACAUGCUGGGGGUGGUGCUGGCCAAGAAGUGCCAGACCUUGGUCAGUGACGCAGACUACAGGAACUACCUGCACCAAUGGACAUGCCUGCCUGACCAGAAUGAUGUCAUACAUGCCCGGCAGGCCUAUGACCUCCAGAGCGAUAACUUGUACAAGGCUGAUCUUCAGUGGCUCAAAGGCAUUGGCUGGAUACCUUCUGGCUCACUCGAGGAUGAGAAAAACAAACGAGCCACUCAGAUUCUGAGUGAACAUGUUUACCGGCAGCACCCAGAUAAAUUCAAGUUUUCCAGCCUUAUGGACUCCAUGCCAAUGGUCUUGGCAAAAAAUAAUGCUAUAACCAUGAACCAUCACCUCUAUACAGAAGCUUGGAAUAAAGAUAAAACCAGCAUCCACAUUAUGCCAGAUACACCUGAAGUUAUACUGGCUAAACAAAACAAAAUAAAUUAUAGUGAGAAAUUAUAUAAACUUGGCUUGGAAGAAGCCAAGAGGAAAGGCUAUGACAUGAGACUUGAUGCCAUCCCUAUCAAGACAGCCAAGGCCUCCAGAGACAUCGCGAGUGAUUUCAAGUACAAGGAAGGCUACCGCAAGCAGCUUGGCCACCACAUUGGUGCCCGUGCAAUACAUGAUGACCCCAAAAUGAUGUGGUCUAUGCAUGUGGCCAAGAUCCAGAGUGACAGGGAGUACAAGAAGGACUUUGAGAAGUGGAAGACCAAGUACAGCAGCCCAGUGGACAUGCUGGGGGUGGUGCUGGCCAAGAAGUGCCAGACCUUGGUCAGUGAUGUGGACUACAGGAACUACCUGCACCAGUGGACAUGCCUGCCUGACCAGAAUGAUGUCAUCCAUGCCCGACAGGCCUAUGACCUCCAGAGUGAUAACAUGUACAAGUCUGAUCUCCAAUGGUUGAGAGGCAUUGGCUGGGUGCCUAUUGGCUCUCUGGAUGUGGAAAAAUGCAAACGGGCCACUGAAAUCUUGAGUGACAAAAUCUACCGUCAGCCCCCAGACAAAUUCAAGUUCACCAGUGUGACUGAUUCUCUGGAGCAAGUGUUGGCCAAGAAUAAUGCCAUCACUAUGAACAAGCGUUUGUAUACAGAAGCCUGGGACAAAGACAAGACACAGAUCCACAUAAUGCCAGACACACCAGAAAUCAUGUUGGCAAGAAUGAAUAAAGUCAACUACAGUGAGAGCCUGUAUAAACUUGCCAAUGAAGAAGCAAAGAAAAAAGGUUACGACUUACGAAGUGAUGCCAUCCCUAUCGUGGCAGCCAAGGCCUCCAGAGACAUCGCCAGUGAUUACAAAUACAAAGAUGGCUACCGCAAGCAGCUGGGCCACCACAUUGGAGCUCGAAACAUUGAAGAUGACCCCAAAAUGGUGUGGUCCAUGCAUGUGGCCAAGAUUCAGAGUGACAGGGAGUACAAGAAGGACUUUGAGAAGUGGAAGACCAAAUAUAGCAGCCCAGUGGACAUGCUGGGGGUGGUGCUGGCCAAGAAGUGCCAGACAUUGGUCAGUGAUGUGGACUACAGGAACUACCUGCACCAGUGGACAUGCCUGCCUGACCAGAAUGAUGUCAUCCAUGCCCGACAGGCCUAUGACCUCCAGAGCGAUAAUGUGUACAAGUCAGAUCUCCAGUGGAUGAGAGGCAUUGGCUGGGUCCCUAUUGGGUCUCUGGAUGUGGUCAAGUGCAAGAGAGCCGCAGAGAUCCUAAGUGACAACAUCUACCGCCAGCCUCCAGACAAGUUCAAGUUCACCAGUGUGACUGAUUCUCUGGAGCAGGUGCUGGCCAAGAGCAAUGCCCUCAACAUGAACAAGCGAUUAUACACAGAGGCCUGGGACAAAGACAAGACUCAAAUUCAUGUAAUGCCUGAUACACCGGAGAUCAUGCUGGCAAGGCAGAACAGAGUCAACUACAGUGAGAGUCUGUAUAAACUUGCCAAUGAAGAAGCAAAGAAGAAAGGCUAUGACCUACGUGUUGAUGCCAUCCCCAUUGUGGCAGCCAAGGCCUCCAGAGAUAUCGCCAGUGACUACAAAUACAAAGAUGGCUACCGUAAGCAGCUGGGCCACCACAUUGGAGCCCGGAACAUCGAAGAUGACCCCAAGAUGAUGUGGUCCAUGCAUGUGGCCAAGAUCCAGAGUGACAGGGAGUACAAGAAGGACUUUGAGAAGUGGAAGACCAAGUACUGAAGCCCAGUGGCCAUGCUGGGGGUGGUGCUGGCCAAGAAGUGCCAGACAUUGGUCAGUGAUGUGGACUACAGGAACUACCUGCACCAGUGGACGUGCCUGCCUGACCAGAAUGAUGUCAUCCAUGCCCGACAGGCCUAUGACCUCCAGAGCGAUAAUGUGUACAAGUCAGAUCUCCAGUGGUUGAGAGGCAUUGGCUGGGUCCCCAUCGGGUCUCUAGAUGUGGUCAAGUGCAAGAGAGCCGCAGAGAUCCUGAGUGACAACAUCUACCGCCAGCCUCCAGACAAGUUCAAGUUCACCAGUGUGACUGAUUCUCUGGAGCAGGUGCUGGCCAAGAACAACGCCCUUAACAUGAACAAGCGCUUGUACACAGAAGCCUGGGAGAAAGACAAGACCCAAAUCCACAUUAUGCCUGAUACACCUGAAAUUAUGCUGGCCAGACAAAAUAAAAUCAACUACAGUGAGAGCCUCUAUCGCCAGGCCAUGGAAGAAGCUAAGAAGGAAGGCUAUGACUUGAGAAGUGAUGCUAUUCCCAUCGUGGCUGCCAAGGCUUCCCGUGACAUUGCUAGUGAUUACAAAUAUAAAGAAGCCUACCGGAAGCAGCUGGGUCACCACAUUGGCGCCCGAGCCAUACAUGAUGAUCCCAAGAUGAUGUGGUCCCUCCACAUUGCCAAAGUGCAGAGUGACCGUGAAUAUAAGAAAGAAUUUGAGAAAUAUAAGACAAGAUACAGCAGCCCGGUGGACAUGCUUGGUAUUGUUUUGGCCAAGAAAUGUCAGACCUUGGUCAGUGACGUGGACUACAAACACCCCCUGCACGAAUGGACCUGCCUGCCAGACCAGAAUGAUGUCAUACAGGCUCGGAAAGCAUAUGACCUCCAGAGUGAUAAUCUGUACAAAGCAGACCUUGAAUGGAUGAAAGGCAUUGGCUGGGUUCCCAUUGGUUCCUUGGAAGUUGUUAAAGCCAAGAGGGCCACGGAGAUUCUAAGCGAUAAUAUCUACCGCCAGCGACCAGACACACUGAAAUUUACCAGCAUAACUGACUCGCUGGAGCAGGUGCUGGCAAAGAACAACGCAAUAAACAUGAACAAGCGCUUGUACACAGAAGCCUGGGACAAUGACAAGAAAACCAUCCACGUCAUGCCAGACACACCAGAAAUCAUGCUGGCCAAACUCAACAGGAUAAACUACAGUGAUAAACUCUACAAAGUGGCGCUGGAAGAGGCCAAGAAGCAAGGCUAUGACUUGCGCCUGGAUGCCAUUCCCAUCCGAGCAGCCAAGGCUUCAAGGGAGAUUGCUAGUGAUUACAAGUACAAGGAAGGCUACCGCAAGCAGCUGGGCCACCACAUUGGGGCUCGGAACAUCAAGGAUGACCCCAAGAUGAUGUGGUCCAUACACGUGGCCAAGAUCCAGAGUGACAGGGAGUACAAGAAGGACUUUGAGAAGUGGAAGACCAAGUACAGCAGCCCAGUGGAUAUGCUCGGGGUGGUGCUGGCCAAGAAGUGCCAGAUCCUUGUAAGCGAUAUAGACUACAAGCAUCCUCUACAUGAAUGGACAUGCCUGCCUGAUCAGAAUGACGUCAUUCAGGCCCGGAAGGCCUAUGACCUGCAAAGUGAUGCUGUUUACAAAGCUGAUCUUGAGUGGCUGAGAGGCAUUGGAUGGGUUCCCAUUGGCUCUGUUGAAGUCGAGAAGGUGAAGAGAGCAGGUGAAAUCCUGAGUGACAGGAAGUAUCGCCAGCCUGCAGACCAGCUCAAGUUCACUUGCAUCACAGACACCCCAGAAAUUGUCCUGGCAAAAAACAAUGCCAUCACAAUGAGCAAGCAUUUAUACACAGAAGCUUGGGAUGCUGACAAAGCUUCCAUCCAUGUCAUGCCAGACACCCCUGAAAUCCUGCUGGCCAAGAGCAAUUCUGCCAAUAUCAGCCAGAAACUGUAUACCAAAGGAUGGGAUGAAUCAAAGAUGAAGGACUAUGACCUGAGAGAGGAUGCCAUUUCCAUCAAAAGUGCCAAGGCCUCCAGGGACAUUGCCAGUGAUUACAAAUACAAGGAAGCCUAUGAAAAGCAGAAAGGCCACCACAUUGGAGCCCAGAGUGUUGAAGAUGAUCCCAGGAUCAUGUGUGCCAUGCAUGCAGGGAAAAUUCACAGUGACAGGGAGUACAAGAAGGAAUUCCAGAAGUGGAAGACCAAGUUCAGCAGCCCAGUGGACAUGCUAGGCUUGGUGCUGGCCAAGAAGUGCCAGACUCUGGUCAGCGAUGUGGACUACAGGAACUACCUGCACAACUGGACUUGCCUACCUGAUCAGAACGACAUUAUCCAAGCAAAGAAGGCCUAUGAACUACAGAGCGAUAGUGUGUAUAAGGCUGACCUGGAGUGGCUGCGUGGCAUUGGCUGGAUGCCAGACGGCUCCGUAGAAAUGACCAGAGUGAAGGGUGCUCAAGACCUUGUGAAUGAAAGACUGUAUAGGACACGACCAGAAGCCUUGAAGUUCACCUCCAUUGUCGACACUCCAGAAGUUGUCCUGGCAAAAAACAAUUCUCUGCAAAUGAGUGAGAGGCUGUAUCAGGAAGCCUGGAAUAAAGAUAAAACCAACAUCAGCAUUCCCUUGGACACUCCAGCGAUGCUGCAGGCCCAGAUCAAUGCCCUGCAGAUUAGCAAUAAACUCUACCAAAAGGACUGGGAUGAAGCCAAACAGAAAGGCUAUGACUUAAGAGCAGAUGCCAUUGAAAUCAAGCAUGCCAAAGCCUCCAGAGAAAUCGCCAGUGAGUACAAAUACAAAGAAGGUUACAGAAAGCAGCUAGGCCACCAUGUGGGUUUCCGCAGCCUGCAAGAUGACCCCAAGUUGGUAUGGUCUAUACAUGCUGCCAAGAUCCAGAGUGAUAGAGAAUACAAGAAAGCCUAUGAGAAGUCUAAAGGGAUUUACAACACACCCUUGGACAUGAUGUCAAUUGUUCAAGCCAAGAAAUGCCAAGUCCUGGUCAGCGACAUUGAUUAUCGCAAUUACCUGCACCAGUGGACAUGUCUGCCAGAUCAGAACGACGUGAUCCAGGCUAAGAAAGCCUACGAGCUGCAAAGCGAUAAUGUGUACAAGUCAGACCUGGAAUGGAUGAAGGGUAUCGGAUGGUUGACAGAGGGUUCCGUGGAAGUGAUGAGAGUGAAGAAUGCUCAGAAUCUGUUGAAUGAAAGGCUGUAUCGGAUCAGGCCUGAGGCCUACAAAUUCACUAGCAUUGUUGACACUCCAGAAGUGAUCCUGGCGAAGACCAAUGCUCUGCAAAUCAGCCAGCCAUUGUAUCGUGAUGCCUGGGACAAAGAGAAGGCAAACGUCAAUGUGCCAGCUGACACGCCAGUGAUGCUGCAGUCCAAACUCAAUGCCAUCCAGAUUAGCAAUAAACAGUAUCAGAAGGCUUGGGAAGAUGUCAAGAUGACAGGUUAUGACAUACGUGCAGAUGCCAUUGGGAUCCAGCAUGCCAAAGCUUCUCGGGAUAUUGCCAGUGACUAUCUGUACAAGACUGCUUAUGAGAAGCAGAAAGGCCAUUACAUUGGAUGCCCCAGUGCCAAGGAAGACCCAAAACUGGUUUGGGCAGCAAAUGUGUUGAAGAUGCAAAACGACAGGCUGUACAAAAAAGCCUACAAUGACCACAAGGCCAAGAUCUCCAUCCCAGUGGACAUGGUCUCCAUCAAUGCUGCCAAAGAGGGCCAGGCAUUAGCAAGCAAUGUGGAUUAUCGGCAGUACCUGCACCAGUGGUCUUGCUUUCCCGACCAGAAUGAUGUGAUCCAAGCCAGGAAAGCCUAUGACCUACAGAGUGAUGCUAUCUACAAGGCUGACUUGGAAUGGCUUCGUGGCAUUGGUUGGAUGCCAGAAGGGUCUCCUGAGGUACUGAGAGUUAAAAAUGCCCAGGAGAUCCUGUGUGACAGUGUCUAUCGGACCCCUGUGGUGAAGCUCAAGUAUACAAGCAUUGUGGAUACACCUGAAGUUGUCCUUGCUAAGUCAAAUGCUGAAAAUAUCAGUAUUCCAAAAUACAGAGAAGUUUGGGACAAAGAUAAGACUUCCAUCCAUAUAAUGCCAGACACACCUGAAAUUAACCUCGCUCGAGCUAAUGCUCUUAAUGUGAGCAAUGUAAGUAUCACACUUAGUCACCCAGCUGGUUUCUCUGCAUGACCAGGGAGUACCUGUGAAGCCAAGGGGAAGAGGACUCUUCGCUGCCAGUACUUGGCCAACAGCGAGGAGAAGAGCAGAUCCCUGGCCCCAAGGCCUAGUAACUAAGCCAGUUGCUAGUGAGCCAGUAGCCAUGGGACAAAAGGGAGAGGGAAAUAAGGACAGGGAGAGAAAGGAAUAAAGAAAUGCACAGGCUACAAAAGGGAGGU